AUGCCCUGGUUGAGCGGUGGCCGCCGGAGGCGACGGGGACAGUCGCGGGAGGCCCAGCGGGAGCCGCCGCCUCCCGCUCAGCCCCAGCGGGAGCCGCCGCCGCAGACGUCCCCUGCCGCGGUCCCCGCACCGUCGGUGUCUUCGGUGCCGCAGCAGCCCCGGGCCCGGGAGAGCGCCGAGCUGCCCUUGCCGGCCGGCUGGGAGGAGGCGCGCGACUACGACGGACGCGUCUUCUACAUUGAUCAUAACACACGCCAGACGUCGUGGAUUGAUCCCCGCGACCGGAUAACAAAGCCAUUGACUUUUGCUGAUUGUGUUGGGGAUGAACUUCCUUUAGGAUGGGAAACUGUAUAUGAUAAACAAAUUGGAAUUUAUUAUAUGGACCACAUAAAUAAGCUUACCCAGAUUGAGGAUCCACGAGAGCAGUGGAGGCGAGAGCAGGAACGGAUGCUGAAGGAAUAUUUAAUUGUAGCACAGGAGGCUCUCAAUGCCAAGAAAGAAAUCUAUCAAAUCAAGCAGCAGCGGUUUGAGCUGGCUCAGGAGGAAUACCAGCAGCUCCACAAAUUGUGUGAGGACGAUGGGCGCUCAUAUACUAGCUCUUUCUCUGGAUAUUCAACAAAUACAAAGUAUGAUCCACAUCAAAUUAAGGCAGAAAUAGCAAGUCGUCGUGAUAGGCUUUCCAGAUUAAAACGAGAGCUGACCCAGAUGAAGCAGGAGCUACAGUAUAAAGAGAAGGGCGUGGAGACCCUGCAAGAGAUUGAUAGGAAGAUGUCAAGUGCUCACACCAAUUACAAACUGGAUGAGGCCCAGGCAAUAAUGAGCGAGCUCCGGACCAUCAAGAAAGCCAUUUGUACUGGGGAGAAGGAACGGCGAGAUCUGAUGCAGAGCCUGGCCAAGCUUACUGACAGCUUCAAGAAUAGCUGUGUCAUUACAGACCCUCUGCAAGAUUUCUCUCACAGUGCAGGGGCAGUUGGAGACUCUGGCGUUCCUCAGCAGUUUUGUGAUGCUGGCUCUCAGACCGACACCAUAGGGGAGUUCCUCUUUGAUGAUAAAACAAGACUUGUAGACCGAGUGAGACUUAACUGGCAGUAUGAGGAAGCCCGAAAGAGAGUCUCCAACAUUCAGCAGCAGUUGGCCCAGUUGUCUAACGAGUCAUGGCCGGGCAUGGCUGAGGCUGACAGGGACCGGCUGCAGCUCAUCAAGGAGAAGGAGGCCCUGCUGCAAGAGCUGCAGCUCAUCAUUCAGCAGCGGAGGUCGGCAGAAGACGUAGCCCGGCUGGAGGAGGAGAGAAGGCGCCUGGAGGAGGAGAUCCAGCGUGCUCGGGCCACGUCUGUACAGGGUGCCACAGAAAGGAUUCUACUUCAGGAAAAAAGAAAUUGUCUACUUAUGCAGCUGGAAGAAGCUACCCGCCUAACAUCCUAUCUCCAGUCUCAGUUAAAAAGCCUGUCUGCCAGCACCUUGACCGUGUCCUCUGGAAGCAGCCGUGGGUCCCUGGCCUCCAGUAGGGGCUCAUUGGCCUCCAGCCGUGGCUCCCUCAGCUCCAUCAGCUUUACAGACAUUUAUGGCCUUCCACAGUAUGAGAAGGCUGAUGCUGAGUGCGGCCAGCUUCUGCGCUUCGAUCUGAUCCCCUUCGACUCCCUGGGGCGUGACGUCUCCUUUGCAGACCCACAGGGCCACUCAGGCUUCCACAAGCAGAGGAGGUCCCUGGAUACACCCCAGUCUCUGGCCUCCCUGUCCUCCCGCUCCUCCCUGUCCUCUCUUUCACCCCCCAGCUCACCCUUGGACACGCCCUUCCUCCCAGCUUCCAGGGACUCACCCUUGGCACAGUUGGCAGAUGGCUUUGAGGUGCCAGGACUGGGUGCCCUGGACAGACUGCGGGCACAGGCUUCUGCUUUGGGAGAUGAAGAUUUGCAGGGCACGGCAACAUUUCAGCCUCAAGGAAUUCCUGGGGAUGGGGAGGGACCCCGUGAGCGGGGACCCCAACUAGCUGCAGCCACCAGUGGAACAGUGACUCUCCGGGAAGACAGCGCAAAGAGGUUGGAGAGAAGAGCACGCCGAGUCUCUGCCUGCUUGUCAGAUUACUCGCUUGCCAGUGACAGUGGGGUGUUCGAACCUCUAACCAAAAGGAAUGAAGAUACUGAAGAAUCAGCUUUUGGAGACACAUGUUGUAAUGACCCCCAGAUCUACGUGGGAUUUCUGCAUGACAGUACCAAUGAAUGUCUCCUUGUGCACGUAUUCCAACUGAGGAACUUUGCUGGUCUGGUGAUGAAGGAAGACUGUAAAAUCCACAUCCGCGUCUACUUGCCCCCGCUCGACUCUGGCACUCCUAACACCUACUGCUCAAAGUCUUUGGAAUUCCAAGCCCCACUGGUGUUUAAUGAAGUGUUCAGAAUCCCUGUGCAUUCCAGCAUGGUGACAUUGAAGUCACUUCAGUUAUACGUGUGUUCAGUGAACCCGCAGCUUCAAGAAGAACUCUUGGGCAUUUCUCAGAUAAACUUGGCUGACUGUGACAGUUCAAGCGACAUGCAGCUGCGCUGGUACCCUGUGCAGGUCUUCACUAGCUCUGAGCCGCAAAGGUCGAGAGAGCCCAUGCUGGUGGUGGAGAGUGCCACGCGGGAUACCAUGCAUGCUGGCUCGGGGAAGACGGAUGCAGUGACAGUGCUGCUGGCCAGAACCACAGCGCAGCUGCGAGCUGUAGAGAGGGAGCUGGCUGAGGAGCGAGUGAAGCUGGAGUAUACUGAAGAGGAGAUCCUGGAGAUGGAGCGCAAGGAGGAACAGGCCGAGGCUGUGUCUGAGAGGAGUUGGCAGGCCGACUCAGUUGAUAGUGGCUGUAGCAACUGCACCCAGACCAGCCCUCCUUACCCAGAGCCCUGUUGCAUUGGUAUGGACUCCAUCCAUGGGCACACGCUUGCUGGCCAGGCAGAUUCUUACAUCCCUGAGGAACUUCGGUCCCUGCCUCUUAAGGUUGACAAGGAGACCACCACAGAAGACCUCUUCCCAGAAGAAGCAGUGAGCAUGCGCAAGGAGCGGCCCGGCCGCCGGGCCCGUGGGUCGCCCUUCGUUCGCAGCAGCACCAUUGUGCGCUCACAGACCUUCUCACCUGGAGCACGGAGCCAGUAUGUCUGCAGACUUUAUCGUAGUGACAGCGACAGUUCAACACUUCCCCGGAAGUCGCCCUUUGUCCGAAACACUUUGGAAAGACGAACCCUUCGCUAUAAGCAGUCCUGCAGGUCUUCUUUGGCUGAGCUCAUGGCCCGCACCUCCCUGGACCUGGAGCUGGAUCUUCAGGCAUCAAAGACUCGACAGCGACAGCUAAACGAGGAGAUUGGCACUCUCCGGGAGCUGAGGCAGCGUCUGGAAGAUGCCCAGCUGCGAGGCCAGACUGAUUUGCCACACUGGGUGCUCCGAGAUGAGCGAUUCCGCAGCCUACUGAAGGAAGCGGAGCGGCAGACCAGACAGACUAAACUUGACUACCAUCAGGAACAAGUAGCUGAGAAGAUGUUGAAGAAGGCUUCCAAAGAGAUCUACCAGCUGCGUGGGCAGAGUCACAAAGAGCCCAUCCAAGUGCAGACCUUUAGGGAGAAGAUAGCAUUUUUUACAAGACCAAGGAUUAACAUACCUCCUCUCCCAGCCGACGACGUUUGAUGUAGUGCAUUGUGCACAUGAAGUAUUUAUCUGCCUGUUUUAUUUUCAUGAAGUUCUUAGAUUAGCUAAAUUUGUCUUUAAAAUAUUUGUGCAAAGCUAUUAAUAUACACAUUUUGUAAAAAAAAACAUAUAUCUAUACAUAUAUAUUUUAUAAUAGUGACGGCAACAGGGCUUGGUUUUUCCUUGUUGUGAAUCAACAUCUCUAAAGACAGGUUAUUUUAUAAAAGAUCAACUAUCAUGUUAAGAGUGUACAGUUUUUAUGCUGUUUUACUUGACUUAAAGGCUGAAAGACAGAAACGAAGUGAGUUCAGGCAAAUUCACUGUAUUGUAAUUUAUUUAUAGUACUUUUUUUUUCCUUGAAGGAAAAUACUGACUUUAAGUUGUAUUUUAAGACUGAAUUUUUGUUCUUCAGUAUUUGUCAUACAGUAGAAUGGAACUUGGGGCCGGUUUUGUUUCUGACACCUGACACGCAAACACUAUGUGCUGAAUUCGUCACUUGUAUCAGUUUUUCAUAGGUGCAUUUACCAUGUAUAUUGUACACUUUCACUCUCUGUGUGUUUUGUUAAAAUAUCAACUACAGUGGCUCAGUCAUAUUUUGCUAGCUGUGUAUGCGUUGCAGGGCUCAGUGUCCUGUGUGGCCUGGGCACUGAUAGCCCUUUAUUGCUGUGUUGUCUAUUGCAUAUCUCUGUGCUUACCACAAGUCUGAAGCCAGCAAUGGAGCCUCCGGCAUCCCAGGUUUCAGCCUGCCUGUCCACCGGUGGCUGUUGGCCGUCCACACUGCCUGCAUUGGUCAGAGCACAUGCAGCUACCUUGGCCACCUUGGGCUGAUGUGACAGACAGAAGGGUGGGCGUGUCCUCCUGCUGUCCCACUGGGUUGUGAAGGAAAGUGAAAAGGGUGUAUAAAGCAGAUAACAAUGGCAGAGACAUCAACUUUGAAGGUGCUGUGUGUGUGUGUGUGUGUGUGUGUGUGUGUGUGUGAAGAAGGACAUGUGGGUAACUUGAAUUACCCAGCAAGUCACUUACAGGAGAGUAUUUGAACUAAAUCAGAAUGCCUCCCUCACAUGGGAGUCUACCCAGUAUUGUUCAUGAGGGAACAAAAAUUAAUGGAAUAAAAAUAUGCCACAAGUUUUUAAAUGCCAAAAAGUCUAGUUUGCCUACACACAUUUAUCAUAAAUGAAUUGUGCUCUCCUUUCUGAGGCCUUGAAUGAGUAAAUGAAGUAGUCACAGGAAAUGUCAAAGAAAACAGAACUCUUCCUAGAGCUUUCUCCUUUUCCCUUGGAAAUGUCCCCUUUAAUCAGGUCUAUUCUUAUCAGCCUGUAACUUCCUUCCUAAUGUAACCCACUUUCCUUUUUAGAAUUGUUAAAAAUGAAUUUUAUAAAGGCAUUUCAUUGACAUGCGACCAAUCACAGACAAUGGAAUUUGUCAGUGGUGGUAAGACUGAAAAUUUUAUGCUUUUCAUGGAUGUCAUCUCUUGCUAUGCAUUCCUGCUUCUAGCUUUGCUUUUUUGCUCCUCCCCCACUUUUUUCCAAUUCCUUUUUAUAUGAACCUACAAUAGAAGUAGAGGCCCAAGGCACCAAUCCUUAGAGCAAUGCCAGUGGCAGGCAGCAUUGCCAGGCAGUCCCUCUCCCUAUGCUCACAGGCUGCUGGGACCUUAGCCUCCAGCCAGAGCUAGCUGCGGUAAGCACCAGUUAUACGUAGAGCCAACCUUCAAAGUCACACCUCACUCCAAGCUACUCUCUGUGGGUUAGUGAAUGAAGGCAGCUUUUCCGCCAACUCCUAUUCAUAGUUGAGAGGAAAAUCUACUAUCCUGAUACCAAAAGUCCCCAGACCCAUGUUUUCUGAAGUGUCCCAGCCUCCCUUACACCAAUGUCCCUGUGGAGUGUUGCCCGGUUACUCUUGCCCCACAGGGGGUCUGUGCUUUGGGGUCAGUCUGAGGAGGAUUAUGUGGCCUUGCCACCUUCCCAUCUCACCUCUUCCUUCCAUCUGGCCUGGCUGUGCAUUUGGAGCACAUGGAAGAUGAUCUGUUUUGUGCUUCCCAUCUACUUAAGAUAUCUCCCACUUCAGACAAAUGAAGUCCUGUGGGUUUAGGGAGGAAAAGUUACACCUACUGUGUAAGUUUAGGCAUAUGUUUGGCCUUGUAAGGAAGAAAUCUGCUGAUCUCUGAGCUGUCCUGCGCCUGAAGUGAUCUGAAUUCUGCCGUCGGGGUUUCUGAAACCACCACAUGUAGAAGGGAAUUUGGGGUUUCGCUUUAUCUAAUCACUGCAUUGUCAGGCUUUGGUGAUUAUUGCUAAAAUAAGUAACCUUCUGUUGUGGAAUAAGUUAUAAUCAGUAUUCAUCUCUUUGUUUUUGUCACUGUGCUCUAUGAUUGUGUCAUUUGUAUCGUUUGAAAGUAUUUCUUCUAUAAAAUUAAACUAACCUGCCUUAAGAACAAA